ACGUAAAGUACAUCCUUUACUUUUCAUGCGGAAAUGGGUCAUUUGGAAAACAGUUCAAGGAUUUUCGAGCGGACGAACGAAUCUCUGUCGCUUGUGGCGUAUAGCAGGACUGAAGGAGUUGCUUGGUGCAGUGCAUUUGCUGUUGUGUCAUUCCUCGUAAUAGUUUGCAACGCGCUUACCAUUACGGUUUUUGCCUUGAACAAAAAUCUUCGAAGAAAGAGUUUCCUUUUGGUUAUAAAUAUGGCCUGUGCAGAUUUUAUGUUAGGUGGUAUGGCAAUGCCUUUAUUUGUUUAUCGUCUUGGUGGUGAUUUUAAACUCUGGGCAAUCGAAUGGGGUUACUCCUUAAAUUUGUUUUAUUUGGCUGUGGACACCGUUUGUGCCCAGGCUUCAAUAAUUACAGCUGCAUUUAUCGCCGGAGAGAGGUUUUAUGCCACUGGAUGGCCUCUAAAGCACCGUUGCAUAGCGCGCCGCAGAGCUUACUACGUUACUGUUUCACUUACUUGGGUUUUAUCAAUUUUUAUUUCAUCUGUGUUAAUAGGUUCUCUUCACAAGUCAGUUCAGGUUUCGAUUUAUAUUUGGAUGGUGUAUGCUUUCACACUGACCCUUAUCAUAUGCGUAUGUUCUAUCGGUAUUUUCAAAAGCUUUACGCAAGGAAGAAAAUUCAUACGAAGACAGAGUGAUGCAAAGUGUUCAGAAAGCAAGCGGUCAACUAAGACGUUGUUAUUGAUAACUUUUGUGGCCUUGGCAUGCUGGUUGCCAUUGAUAGUAACGAACACGUUUACAGUUUAUAUUCCGGUAGAUAAAAAUCUUUUGUUACUCGCAAAUCUCAUAAAUUUCGGCAAUUCGUUUGCAAAUCCUGUACUUUAUUGCCUGAGGAUCCCUAAUUUUAGAAGAGCCCUGUGGUGCCGACGGGGAUACAAGGGGAAAACGGCUGUGGGACGACUUGCGGUUACCACCACUGCCUUCCACCUGCAAGUCGCCCUCAAACGUGCGGUAGAGGUCAGCGGGCUUCUACACCAGAAAGAGGGCAAGGAUGUAGAAGAUGACAUUGACACUGAAAUGAGAACUUGGAUAAGUUAAGAAGAGUCUUAAAACAUGAAAAGGAAAUUGAA